AUGCUCGCUGCCGUUUGGUGUCUGUUCAGCUUCGUCUGUCGUGGCUUCGCCCAUAUACUGCCACCUGGCUACCAGACACAAGCCAAGCCCGGGCUCAGCAUCAUUCUCCUGAGCCGCCGAGUAUGCUCCGCCGCAGAGAACCGCUGUAACUGGGAGCAACUCAUGACGUCCACGGAUGGCACUCGUCCGUUGUUCUGCGAUUUCAGCAUCGAGGGACCGCCGGAGAGACAGGCGUUAGAGAACACAAAGGGCGCCGAGGUUGAUGUUCCGACGAUGCCAUGUCACGAGGCGGACAAUGCAGAGAUUGUUCGCCUCUGGGGCGACCAAGACGCUACCACGACGAUCAUCGCCUGGGAUGCCAAAGGCAAACCGUCGUGGCGUGCCCUGGCUCAGAACGGGACCACGUGGCUGGACAUCACCAGGUUCAUGCCGGGAUCCGCGAUGGGCAGCGACGACAACGACCAAAUCUUCCAGAACCCACCUGAUCUGGUGCGUUCUGUGCCUCGCAGCAGCGAGGACAGCUUGGAGUACGCGUCCGAAUGGUCGCUUGGGGAUGUGUAUCGCUAUGUCAUGCAGUCUGAGGAAAAGCCUGGCAUGGCCCUCAUCUUCACCAUUGAGCAUCCCGACUUUGACUCUGUCCUGUGUGUCGUGUCACAUAGCGGCAAGAAGGGGCAGGACCCAGGCAAGAUAAGCUUUUUUGAUAAGCCGUGCGAGGGGAGCAACUGGGGCGUCUCGUGGGGCUACAAUACUGAGGCGGAGGAGGAUGUGGCCACCAUGACCUUGACCAAUGAGAAACGGGAUAGGCGCGCCUUCUUCGGGUUCAGGUACAUCAAUGACAAUACCAGGCUUGGUGACAGGGGGCCGGAGAAAACAGAGAAGUACUGA